AUGGGGCCGCCGCAGCGGAAGCCGCGCCGGCCUGGAACGCUCGCCCUCCUCGCGGCUGUGCUUGGUUUCCUCUUCUGCCUGCUUGCUGCGCUCACCUACAACUCAGCAGCAGGCAGCACAGCCAAUCAGGGCACCGGGCGCAUUCAGCCUCGCCGGGGCGGCCGCAAUGGCGGCGCGGCGGCAACCGGCACGCUGCGCCCCGCACCGCGCAAGCUCAAGCUGACUGCCGACAUCAAGCGGCGGUGCGACGGCACGCUGGGCACUUGGUGCGCCGACUUCCACACCCAAGCGCCGGUACCGGCGGUGACGGCACCCCGCGGAAACCAGACAUGCAGCCUGGACUGCAAUAAGGCGGGCUGGAUGGGCUUCAACUGCCUGCACCCCAUGAAGCGGUACUGCACCCACAAGCACCGCCAGUUUGGGUUUGAGGUAUCGCGUGUGGAGCCAGACCUGGCAGCUGGCAUGCAGGCGCAAACCUUCUGGGACUUCCCAACCAGCCACUGCGCAGGGACCUGCGAUGAGGACAUAGCCGCCUGCUACUGCCCCUCGCACACCCCCUACGGCCGCCUGCCUGCCCCGGAGGAUGCGCCGCUAGGCAGCCCGCCGGAGCGGCAGGGCCGCCCCAUGGGCCUGUACUGCCAGCCCAGCAAGCUGGACAACGGUACCGCCACGGCCUGGGGAGAAGUCGAACCGGAGCUGCUGUUUGGGCCGGAGGGGUGGUGCACCUCGGAGGCCCCGCGCCACGUGUGCGACUGCUUUGUGGAUGGCUGGGGGGGCAACAACUGCGAGCUGCGAUACGAGGCGUUCUGCCUGAACCAGUGCAACGGGCGCGGCGAGUGCAACCAGGGAUACUGCAAAUGCGACCCAGGCUGGCACGGCAUUGACUGUGCCCAUGCCAGCGCGGCAGCCGACGACACGCAGCCAGGGCGGGAGGCGGAUCGGCCGUGGAUUGCGGAGCUUGUGCGCACCCCGGCAGCCCGCACCUUCCCUCCGGAUGCAGUGCGCAGGCGUCCUCUCAUCUACGUGUAUGAGAUGCCUGCCGAGUACGUGACCCUCAUGAUCCAGUACCGCUGGGGAGGUACCGCAUGCGUGCCCCGCUACUUUGACUUCCACAACGAAACCCACCUGUCAGAGGACCUGUACGCAGCCGAGAGCGGGUUCCUGGAGAUGCUGCUGCAGAGCGAGCACCGCACGCUGGACCCAGAGGAGGCGGACUUCUUGUACGUUCCGGCCUACACAUCCUGCCUCAUCACCCCGGUGCAACGUACCGCCGACUCGCUGCGGGACAUGUGGUACGGGGUAGAAAACCUGCGGGUGCACGCCGCCACCCACAUGCUGCUGGAGGCAUACUACUGGAUCAAGGCGCACGCGCCCUACUGGAACCGGCGUGGCGGGUGGGACCACAUCUGGCUAGUCACAUUUGAUGAGGCCAGCUGCUACGUGCCCGCCGCCAUCCGCGCCAGCAUCAUCCUGAGCCACUGGGGCCGCAUGGACGCCAACCACACCUCCGGCAGCGGGUACUGGGAAGACGUAUACUCUGAUGAGGUGCAUCACCCGCAUUGGGAACCCGACGGCUUCCUGCAGAAGAUUGCCGGGCACCCCUGCUACGACCCCGUCAAGGCGAGGAGCGAGGGGGCCAUGUUCUGCCGCCUGCAUUCUCGCCUCGCCGCCGCCGUCGCCUCCCACCCCUGCCAUGCCCAGCAGGACCUGGUCGUGCCUCUCAUGAAGACGCCCCAGACCUUUUACAAGUCGCCCCUGCUGGGCGCCACCCCCCGCAGCCGCACCUGGCUGGCCUUCCACCGUGGGCGGGUACAGCAGGACAACCCGCCAUAUUCUCGAGGCCUGCGCCAGCGCCUGGCCAACGCCUCUGCCGCCGGCGGCUGGCUGGAGAAGCACAAGAUUGUGAUGGGAGAGCAUGACGUGGUGGAGGGCGACUACUCAGAGCUGCUGGCCUCCUCCACUUUCUGCCUGGUGCUCCCCGGGGACGGCUGGAGCGCUCGCAUGGAUGACGCCAUGCUGCACGGGUGCAUCCCGGUGAUCAUCAUGGACAAUGUUCAUGUCUCCUUUGAAUCUAUACUGGACCUGGCGGCAUUCACGGUGCGCAUCCCGCAAGCCGACGCGGAGCGCCUGCCCGAGGUGCUGGCCGCGGUGCCCGAGGAGCGGCGGCGCGAGAUGCGGCGCGCGCUGUCGGCUGCAUGGCAGAAGUUUGGGUACACCUCCUACGGCCCCUACGCCCGCAAGGUCAGGGAGCUGCAGCGGGCCAACGCGGAGGAGGCGGCAGCGGCCCGCCGCGAGCGGCAGGCAGAGGGCGGCGACGGCGACGCGGCGCCGGCCUCGCUGCCCGCGGCGGUACCGGACCUGGACCCGGCGGCCGACGACGCCUUUGGCACCAUCAUGGCCUGGCUGCACAGCCGCAUAGAAGCCACCCGGUAG